GAGUCGAAUUAUUAGCCCCUGCUUCAUUUUCUUUCACAAACUAAAAUAAAAACCAGAGACUGGUGCUGACGUGGAUAAAGCGAAACGUUUUUUUAAAACACAUUUGCUGGAAACUGGAAAGAUGGAAAUAAAUAGCACUGAAAUGACGCUCAACAGUCAAAACCCUCAACUCCACCUAAAGAACAGUGAAGAGAUCGGCCGAAUCUGGAGACGAAGGUCCGGCGCGGCGCUGGUCAGGGACAACACAACGGAGCUGAGGUCGCUUGUACGGUGCACCAUGGCUUGUCAGUUCUUUAUGAAAGGUGGAACAAUCUACUUGCUUGAGAAGCAUGAGAAUGCUGCUGUUUUCUGUCCAAAUCGGCCGUGGGAAGGCCAGAUGCUGUUACGCAUGGAAAUCAGCCAGAUUGAUGAUGACAUUGAAAUGGCUCUCGAAGCCGUGACUGGUGAAGCUGGCGGAGAAUUUCAAGCCGAGAUGGACUCUACAGUUCCUCCAAAUGGGUUGGUGGAGAAGAAAGCUUGUAUUCCAGGGACUGGGAUAGAGAGCGUGAGAAAUGAAGCUGCUAAUGAAGAUCAACCUCUAUCAAUGUGGUUGGGAAGACUCUGCUCUUCCAAAAGUGGUAAUGGAUUGCGUGAAAGGCAAGCCGAUCAAGAAACCAAUCCUGAUGCUUGGCCGUUUCAGAAAAGGUCACCAGCUUGGGCAUCAAUAGAGUCCUCGGAAGUUUUCAGAAACAUUCCACAAAAACCUCAUUUCCGACCUCUCUUCGACUGCAAAGAGGAUUAUCGCGAAGGCGCAGCAAUUGGUAUAAUGGUAACCUUCUGCAAUGUGUUUGAGAAGAUAGCCAAUCUUCGCAUCCACGAUUCCAGGGCCUCGUUCAAGUCAAAUCUGGCCAGCUUAUCCGACUUGGAGAAGCAUGGGUUCAAUGUCACACUGCCACGCAAUCGCAUAAGCAAGCUGCUGUCGAUCAAAGAACCGUUGAGCAAGUGGAUGAACGUUGUCAAGAAUGCCGAACCGGAGCUACAACAUCACAUCGGCAAGAAGAGAAAGCUGGUUGCCACGAUCGACGAAAUCGAGAAGAAGAUGCUGGAACUACAGCAAACACUGGCUGCAACCAAGAAGGAGAUGGAAGCAGAAGAAGCCAAAGCUGCAGUUCUGCAAUCAACGGUGGAUGAAAUGAAGGACCGCAUCGACAGUGCCUGCAAUGAGUUUGAACUUGUGGUUGCCGCCCCUUGGAGGUGAUCAUCUGCUGAAUCGUGUCCUUAAAAAUAGAUGUAAGACUAUGCGUGCUGUUCUUUUAACUACAUGAACAUGACCAAAGGUUGAACUUGAAAGCUGAGGUAAGUAGUAGUGUGAUUAUGACUAAUGUAGAGAUGGAUGUUAGAUCCUAAUUCCUAUCCCCUUUUGGCUUUUCUGCUGUCUAUAUACUAAUGUAUGAAAUGUUAAGCCAGGAACGAGUUCGAACUUUGUUGUUAAGUAUGUUGACUGUAGUAGCACUGGACAAGGAGUGAAGAUUGUGUAACCCUAAUGAGCUUAUAUGGCUGUACUGGAUAUGUUGUUCUUUCGCAACAUCAAAUGGGCAUAUUAUGUUUGAGUUCUUGUAAAUCCUUUUCUCUUUUCGAUUAUGAUUCCUGUAGUUUAGUAUCAAAAGAAGACGUUAUCUAUUAUGAACCUAGGCUAGCUACCUGUGAUUGCAGGGUCUGAGUUUGCACC